CCCCAGUGACAGCAGCGGCAGGAAGCAGGCGGCCGUUCAGCAGGCGCUAGGCCUGUUCUCGGAGGGGAGUGUGCUGCAUAUUUCCCUGCGUAACUCCUAUCUCUGGCCCAGAGUCUGUGCAUGGCGAACUCCCCAGGGAACUCUACCCUGGAGGAAAUUCUGGGGCAAUAUCAACGGAGUCUCAGGGAACGGGCCAGCAGAAGCAUUCACCAGCUGAAAUUUGCCCUGAAAGAAGGUGAUAUCACCAUUGAAGAAGCAGCACUGGAUCCUUCCUUUAGCAUCAAUGUAGGAAAUGAGAGCACUGAGGCAGCCUGGCAUGAACUGCAACAUAGCCAUGCUGUUAACCAGCUCAAAGCUUUGUUGCAUCAGCAAGCAAGGAAGGAAAGUGAGAGAUCUCCAUCAAGAAGACUUACCCUUUUGAGGGCAUCAGAACAUGAAGAAACUAAUAUGCCUACUGUACACAACCUUGUUCCUAUUAUUUAUGACCAGUCUCAAUACAUUCACCAUUUGGAGGCUGAAGUCAAGUUCUGCAAAGAGGAACUCUCUGGAAUGAAAAAUAGGGUACAAGUAGUUGUACUUGAAAAUGAAAGACUCCAGCAAGAGCUGAAAUUUCAAACAGAGGAGACGGUAAGGGAACAAACACUUCUGGAUGCAUCUGGAAACAUGCAGAAUUCUUGGGUUGCGACAGGUGAUGAUUCCGGGGUGAAUGAAGCUGCCAAGAGACCAUUUUCCCAUGGUGAUGCAGAUAUUGGCAAAGCUGCAACUGUUGGAGAGGCUGAAAAAUGGAGGCUAGAACUGGAGAGGUUAAAACUUACAUAUGAGGCAAAGAGUGAAAUGCUGGAAUCUGAUUUGACAUUUGUGAGGAAAAACUUAGCUGAAUAUCGGAAAAACUAUGAAGAUGUUAAAGAGCAACUAAAGCAUAAAGAGUCUCUUCUUGCUGCUAAUAUUUCCCACCAUGUUAGUGGUCUUUGUUUGAAGUGUGCUCAGCAUGAAGCUGUUCUUUCCCAAACCCAUAAUAAUGUACACAUCCAAACCAUCGAAAGACUGACUAAAGAAAGAGAUGACUUAAUGUCUGCACUGGUUUCUGUAAGGAACAACUUGGGAGAUGUGCAGCAAAAAGAAGCAAGUGCCUAUGAACAGGUGAAACAAGCUCUGCAUAUGACUGAGGAAGCCACUUUUGAAAAGACCAAGGCUCUAAUCCAGUGUGAACAGUUGAAGAAUGAACUGGAGAGGCAGACAGAAAGACUUGAAAAAGAACUUGCAUCUCAGCAAGAGAAAAGGGCUUUUGAGAAAGAGAUGAUGAAAAAAGAAAUGACAAAAGAAAGGGAGGACAUGGAAUCAAAGAUGUUGAUCCUGUCUCAGAAUAUUGCCCAACUUGAGGCCCAGCUGGAAAAGGUUACAAGGGAGAAGAUUUCAGCUAUUAAUCAGCUAGAAGAAAUUCAAACCCAGUUUGCUUCUCAGGAAAUGGAUGUCACUAAGGUGUGUGGAGAAAUGCGUUUUCAGUUGAAUAAAACCAAAAUGGAGAAAGAUGAGGCAGAAAAGGAGCACAGAGAGUACAGAGCAAAAACUAAAAGGGAUCUUGAAAUUAAAGAUCAGGAAAUGGAGAAAUUGAGACUAGAACUGAGUGAAAGCAAGCAGCACAUGGAACAGGAGCAGCAGAAGGCAGCCCGGGCCAGAGAGGAGUGCCUGAAACUAACAGAACUGCUGGGCGAAUCCGAGCACCAACUGCACCUCACCAGACUGGAAAAAGAUAGCAUUCAGCAGAGCUUUAGCAACGAAGCAAAGGCCCAAGCCCUUCAGGCCCAGCAAAGAGAGCAGGAGCUGACACAGAAGAUACAGCAAAUGGAGGCCCAGCAUGACAAAACUGAAAAUGAACAGUAUUCAUUGCUGACCUCCCAGAAUACAUUUUUGACAAAGUUAAAGGAAGAGUGCUGUACAUUAGCCAAGAAACUGGAACAAAUCUCUCAAAAAAGCAGAUCUGAAAUAGCUCAACUCAGUCAAGAAAAGAGGUAUACAUACGUCAAACUAGAAAAGUUACAGAGAAGAAAUAAUGAAUUGGAGGAACAGUGUGUCCAGCAUGGGAUAGUACAUGAGACAAUGAAGCAGAGGCUCGGGCAGCUGGAUAAGCACAGUCAGGCCACAGCCCGGCAGCUGGUGCAGCUGCUCAACAAGCAGAACCAGCUUCUCCUAGAGAGACAGAGCCUGUCAGAAGAGGUGGACCGGUUGAGAUCCCAGUUACCCAGCAUGCCACAAUCUGAUUGCUGACCUGGAUGAAACAGAGUGAAAUAAAUGGUUUACAAAGAGAUAUUUACAUUCAUCUGAUUUGUACUUAAUAUGCCACAACACACCGCACCUUCCCAGGGUAACACCACCUUGGACUGCUAUGGGGCUGGUCCUCAUGCCAAGUACUUUGUCCCUGCGCUAGGAACCGGCUAGAAUUGAAGUCUGAACCUGGAUGAGGAGACUCCCGGCGUGAGUUCUCAGAAAUGGCUUGAAGUUACUGUUUUUAAAUAUGCUCAUUUUAAAUAUGCUAGGUUAUACAUAGGAAUUUCAAUAAAUGACCUUUUUUAAAGACUUAAAUUGUAACGUUUCCUUUUUAUCUUGCAGUAAUGAACACAACACACCAAAAAGGCACAUAU